GUUCUAAUAAUACGCUCGGUGUGAAUGCAUGUUCAAAGUUUUUCUUACACAUAAAAAGAAAUAUUUAAAAAUUUUAAUAAUACGAACGAUUUUAGGAAAGAAAUUGACAUAAAAUAUAUAUAGAUCUCUUCGCGCGUUUUUUUAAAUAGCCGCCACCUGGAUUCCAAAAUGGCAUUGCACGUAGUUGUUUUGAUGUUCGAUGUUGUCAUCAAGUCGGUGCGUUUUCGUCUUCUUGUUCCAAUAAUCGUCAAAAUUCCGCCCACAGAAAUGAAAGUACCUCCAACUAACAUCAAUGGCUUCGAAGCCUACAGUGAUGAAGCAUACAUCUCUGAUGGUAUCACUAAUCAUCUCACCAUUGCUAAUGGUACCGUUGAAGAGUAUAGCCCUCCUGUUCAAGAUAGUGACUUUUCAGAAUAUAUGUGGAUGGAAAAUGAAGAGGAAUUUGAUAAAGAAGUAAUGCAAAGAUUAGAAGAAGAAGAACUCAUGGAGCAAUGCAUGUUACAACAUAUGAUGGAUGAUCAACCUCAAAAUAAUGCAGAAGCUGUGGUUAAAGAUACUACAAAUGGAAAACCCGAAUCACAAAAACCAAGUACAUUAAAUCCAGAUGCCGCAGAAUUCGUGCCUAGCUGGGGUCGUCAGGGAACGUCCGUAAAGGAGACGUCAAAAUCAUCCUAAACUGUCUUGAUAAAAAUAAAAAAAACACGGACGAUCUCAAGGACCGACCAACAUGGAGACCACUACCUAUCUUUUUGGCGGCGUGGCGUUCGUGAGUAGUAUCGCAGUGUUGAAGUGUAAAAAAAAAUAUCAAAUACCGGUUACAAGAAAAAGUAAAAAAAAAAAUGUACAUGUAAAGAGACUUUACUAUGCGGCUACUCAGAACAAGUUCUAGGUUACGAUGUUAAAAUGGGUGAGGUUAUGUAUGUACGGAAAUUUAAAAAAAUAAAAACAAGAAAAAAAUAAUAAAAUAAAAAUUUGCGCAGAUAAAAAAUUUAAAAU